GUCAACUAUCCCAUUUGCCUACAAUAUCUAUCAAGCUAGAUCUAUAAGUAUCCAUCCAUCUAUCCAUUCAUUAAUAAUCACCACGGGUGUUGGUGGAUGAUUGAGCCGUUAAUAAUCCCCAGCAUGCCAAGCCGCCACUGACCGACCCGACACCUUAGGUUCUUCUUCCCCAGAGUCUAAACCCGCGAGAUUCAGUUUGCCUCAUCCUGUGGUUUUACCCGUCCUUCUCCUCACCAACUACUUCCAAAUCACUGGCUGUUUUCCUUCUUGCACCAGUUCGACUUUUCUCCCUUCUCCCCUCUUCCCCCCCGCUCACCCCCUACCUUCAGUUUCUCCAGUCUUGCCGAACGAUGCCCCGCGCGUUAUUCUUGGGGUACCCGCUCCCGGCAUGAUCCCUCCCGAGUCCGACGAAUCUCCCUUGGUUUCCUCCGUGGGCCCAGCUCUGGGGAACGAUGAUGUUGCUCUCCCCGAUGAGUUCGACACUCAUAGUCGAGCCAGCUCGAGAGACCCCGGUAGUGUCCAAACCGUGGGCGAUCCCCCCACAGCCGACGCCAGCCAAGACCAAGCACAGGACGCCACCAACAAUGACCUCUCUCAGAAUCCCGAUUCGCUGCAGAAGGAUGAAGACAGGCCCGCAUGGACGGAGUUGAAAACCAAGGCCGGGAAGGAGCGGAAACGCCUUCCUCUGGCCUGUAUUGCGUGCAGGAGGAAGAAGAUCCGGUGCUCCGGCGAGAAGCCGGCGUGCAAACACUGCUCGCGCUCUCGAAUCCCUUGCGUAUACAAAGUCACCACUCGGAAAGCGGCACCUCGAACGGAUUACAUGGCGAUGCUGGACAAGCGCCUGAAGAGGAUGGAGGACCGUGUCAUUAAGAUGAUACCCAAGGAGGAGACGCGAGACAUGACCGCGAUCGGGCGGUCAAACGUCCGACCACCUCAGCCGGGACAAGUCUCCAAAACUCAGAAGAAACGGUCGGCGGACGAUGCAUUUGGGGCCGAAAUGGACGAAUGGGCGCAAGGCGACCGCGGAGGGCCACCAGAUACUUUUCCUAUGCGCCGCGAUAGCAGGCCUGGUGACCCCAACAGUCUGAUGACGGAAGGGACUGAAUUUCUGCCAUCUUUAGAGAUCCAGGAGCAUCUUGCGGAGGUGUUCUUCGACUGUGUCUAUGGCCAAUCUUAUCUUCUCCUCCAUAAGCCUAGCUUCAUGCGGAGAUUGAAGGCCCGAACCAUUCCCCCGGUAUUGAUUUUAGCCCUCUGCGCUGUCUCUGCUCGUUUCUCGACCCACCCACAGGUUAAGUCAGACCCGCCCUUUCUGCGCGGCGAGAAUUGGGCCAACCCAGCGGCACACAUCGCCAUGAGUCGGCACGACGAACCCAAUAUAACAAUCUUGACUGUGUUCCUGCUUCUGGGAUUACACGAAUUUGGGACCUGCCAUGGUGGUCGAAGCUGGUCUUUCGGAGGGCAAGCCAUGCGCAUGGCCUACGCCUUGCAACUACACAGAGAGCUCGAUCACGACCCCUUGCUGGGACAGGGCAACAACAGAAAAUCCCAGCUCAGUUUCACGGAUCGAGAGAUCAGGAGACGUACGAUGUGGGCCUGCUUCCUGAUGGACCGGUAUAACUCGUCUGGCAGCCAGCGUCCGCCAAUUGGCAACGAGCAAUUUUUGCAGAUUCAGCUUCCCACCAAGGAACCCCAUUUCCAGAUGGAGAUUCCCGGUCCUACGGAGGACUUGGACGGGCACGUGCCAAAUCCAGUUCCGGAGGACGUUGGCCAGUUGUCCAAUGCCCGGGACAAUAUGGGUGUGUCAGCCUAUAUUAUCCGUGCUGUGGUAAUCUGGGGCCGUAUCGUGGAUUACCUAAAUCUCGGAGGAAAGAAGAAGGAUAGCCAUCCUUUAUGGUCGCCCGAGUCGGGAUACACACGUCUCAAGCGGCAGAUUGAUGAGUUCUCCGCGUCCCUCCCCAGUAGUCUUGCUUUCACGUACGAGAACCUACAGAUGCAUGCCGCCGACCGGGUAGCCAACCAAUUUCUCUUCCUGCACAUCAUCAUCCAUCAGAACAUGCUGUUCCUGAACCAGUUUGCGAUUCCCUUGUCGCCUGGGGGGCGUCCUCCGCGGGAUAUGCCAAAAUCCUUCUUAAGCAAUGCCGGGCGAGCUGCCGUAGAAGCUGCGCAUCAUAUUUCGGUUCUCAUAGACCGUGCGUCGGCUUACCCUCUCACCGUCCCAUUUGCCGGAUAUUGCGCCUACUCGGCCAGCACUGUCCACAUCUGGGGGAUCUUUUCCAAGAACGCACAACUCGAAGCCCGUUCGAAGGAGAAUUUACGGCACACCUACCGGUACCUCAACAAGAUGAAGAAAUACUGGGGCAUGUUUCAUUAUAUGGUCGAAAGUGCCAAGGACCGAUAUCGACAAUUUGCGGAUGCCGCCAUCAAGGGUUCGGUGCCCACCCAGAACGGGGGACAAAUUGCUCCCAUGUUCCAAUACGGAGAUUGGUUCGACAAGUAUCCUCAUGGAGUGUCAAGAACGCACUAUGAGGACCCGGACAAGCAACAAAGAGGCAGUGACGAGGCAGUGAUGAGCCAGAAACCAGACCUCCAGAGCGUCGAGGACUUUUUCGCCGGUCUCUCCCCGGGGUCCCAGCCCAGCGUUCCGCGGAGAGUGCACUCUCGCACAAACAGCCGGCCGGAAGCGGUACCGGGAUUGGAUCGGAUACCCUCGCAGCAGCACAUGGUCGAACUAAACAUGGACCACGUCCCUGAGUUGCUCGGCACAUCGGAGAUCGGGUUCCCACAGCCCCCAUUGUAUAGCCAGGGCCGCGGACAGCCAUUUGGGCAGUCGGCCUUCGACUUCCCCGUUCCCACAGAUCAGCUACCCCAGAUUGAUCGGCAGUUCGUCUACGGGUCAUUCUCUGGUUUCGACCCCUCGCCUACGUCCUUCGUAUCGCCCGAUGACCCCACCAUGGGCACAGUCAACGGUACGGCAGAACAUCUCCCUCCCCCUCCUCCCAACCAGCCUCCCAACCAGCCUCCCAACCAAGAUACUUCCGCCAUUUUCGCCGGCCAGUUAGAUCCAAACGCCCCAUCCGGCACCGGAGAGUACUACCAGCCCAGCGCGUGGUUCCUCCCAUUCAACCUGGACCCUGUAGGCCUCAACGUCAACCUAGACCCAAACCUCCAACAACCCCCGGGUCCAGGCGGCGGCCCAGACCAUGACAUGGGCGCCUUCGGCAAUGCAGGCAACAUGCCGAUCGGCGCAUAUGAUCUAGGGAUGGGAAUGAACCGAGGAGGCCAUUAGGCUCUCUUUACGUGUUGGUAUGAAAGGUGCGGAGUGAAGCGCUGCGGAUAUUUCUGCUAUUUCCUUUAUACUGUCUCCUUUGUUAUUUGGCGAGGCUUGGGCUGGAUCUCGGAGGAUACUAGGAGAGAAUGGAGUUUCGAUCAUCUUACUCUUUUUUAUGCGUAUCUACCCUUGUUGUUGUCUGCUUGUUCAUGCCUUAUCCUUGGCUAUGUCUUGUUGUUGUUGUUGUUGUCACUUCUUCGUAUAUUAUUCAUUUAGCUACCCCUUUGUAUCUAACCAUGUGCAUAUAACCAUCAAUGUUUGACGGGUG